AUGUUCGCUGCUCGUCAGUCCUUCAACCUCCUUCAGAAGCGGGCCUUCUCUGCCUCUGCCAGCCAGGCCUCCAAGGUCGCUGUCCUCGGCGCCGCUGGUGGCAUUGGCCAGCCUCUCUCUCUCCUGCUCAAGCUCAACCCCCGUGUUUCUGAGCUUGCCCUCUAUGAUAUCCGCGGUGGCCCUGGUGUCGCUGCUGAUCUGAGCCACAUCAACACCAACAGCACCGUCACUGGCUACGACCCUACUCCCUCUGGUCUCCGCGAUGCUCUCAAGGGCUCUGAGAUCGUCCUCAUCCCUGCCGGUGUUCCUCGCAAGCCUGGCAUGACCCGUGACGACCUCUUCAACACCAACGCCUCUAUUGUUCGUGACCUCGCCAAGGCUGCUGCUGAGGCUUCCCCGAGGCCAACAUCCUGGUCAUCUCCAACCCCGUACGUUAACUCCACCGUCCCCAUUGUUGCCGAGGUGUUCAAGUCCAAGGGUGUCUACAACCCCAAGCGUCUCUUCGGUGUCACCACCCUCGAUGUCGUCCGUGCCUCCCGCUUCAUCUCCCAGAUCAAGAAGACCGACCCCGCCCAGGAGGCCGUCCCCGUUGUUGGUGGCCACUCCGGUGUCACCAUCGUUCCUCUGCUCUCCCAGUCCAACCACCCCGAUAUUGAGGGCGAGACCCGCGAUGCGCUCGUCAACCGCAUCCAGUUCGGUGGUGAUGAGGUCGUCAAGGCCAAGGACGGUGCCGGUUCCGCUACCCUCUCCAUGGCCAUGGCCGGCGCUCGCUUCGCCGAGUCCCUCCUGAAGGCCGCUCAGGGCCAGAAGGGUGUCAUCGAGCCCACCUUCGUUGAGAGCCCUCUCUACAAGGACCAGGGUGUUGACUUCUUCGCCUCCCGUGUCGAGCUCGGCCCCAACGGUGUUGAGAAGAUCCUUGAAGUUGGCAAGGUCAACGCUUACGAGGAGAAGCUCAUCCAGGCUGCUCUCACUGAUCUCAAGAAGAACAUUCAGAAGGGUCGUGACUUCGUCGCUCAGAACCCCUAA